GUUCACAAUCAAAGACUGCGUUUUUCUCAAAAACAAAGAAGGCUGUGCGGUUUUUUAUCUUUCAAAAUUUCCCAACUUUCAUCCCUGUACGGCUUAUCGAUAAACCCUAAAAUUGAACCCUCCCCACCGACCCUGGGCUUGCGAUGCCUUUCUAUAUUAUCGGCCUCUCUCCAAUCAAUCCUGGCAAGUUGCCGAAUUUUGCGAUACGCAUUCUCUUCGAAGAGGCAAAAUGGGAUUCCAAAACCCUCAGAGCAUGUGAAAAAUCUAGCAAUCAGUAAAGCCCAGCGAUAAAGAGGUUUAGGCUCACUUGUAAGUUCUAACAUAAUCAAUUAUGGUUGCGUUUCUGUUUAGAGGAACACUACAGAUACCAAUUUCUGCUUGUAGUUUUUCACUGACAAGUUCCACAAUCCAACUGGGUUUUAUUCAAAAUGGCUUAUUGUCCAGUGUUAGAUCUCUUUCAACGUCGUUGAAACGUGUGGGUCAUGAACAGAGGAAAUAUCCUUAUACAGUGUUUUAUCUAGUAAACUCAUUUGGGUUUUCUGUGGAAUCUGCUGAAUCUAUAUCUAGGAAGGUAAAUUUUGAAUCCUCUAAGAAUCCGGAUGCAGUGGUUAGCCUUCUCACAGAGCACGGAUUCACGAAAGACCACAUCUCCAGCCUUAUUAGGCAAAAUCCCAAGCUGCUUUUGGCUAAUCCUACUAAGACCCUUUCGCCCAAACUCGAGUUUCUACGUUCUAUUGGGUUUUCAGGCGCAGAACUUGGUAAGAAGGUGUCUUGGAUUUGUCUCCUAUUGUCUCGGAGCUUAAAAGAGCAUAUCAUUCCUUGCUAUAAUAUCCUCAAAAGUGUAGUCGUUUCUGAUUUGAAAGUGAUCAGGUGUUUGAAGAAAACUUAUGGGGUGUGGUUCCCUUCGCCCAAAAAUUUAUCUGUUCAUUUGUCAACCUUAAGAGAGGUUGGAAUUUGUCAAUCUAUCAUCUCUUAUUUGUUGCUUUCAAAGCCAUGCUUAACGUGCUUGAAAACUGCAAAAUUUAGGCAACUUGUUCACAAGGCUAUUGAACUUGGAUUUGACCCCCAGAAAGUUACAUUUGUACAUGCACUGGGAAGUUUGUCUUGUCCCAAUACCUGGGAGCAGAAAAUAGAGGUUUACAGGAGUUUUGGCUUAUCAGGAGAUGAAAUCUGGUUGGCUGUAAGAAAGUUUCCCAUGUUGAUGAGUUUCUCAAGAGAGAAAAUUACCAACACCAUGGAUUUUCUUGUGAACAAGAUGGGUUGGCUGCCUGCAGAUGUUGCCAGAGUUCCAUCUGUUUUAUGUUAUAGUUUGGAUAAGAGGAUUAUCCCCAGGUGUUCAGUUGUAAAAGUUUUGAUGUUGAAGGGUUUGGUCAAGAGAGAGUAUAGUUUAGCUUUUGUAUUGACAACCAACGAGAAUUACUUCCUGGAUUUGUUUGUGAUCAGGUAUCAAGAAGAGGUACCUCAACUGCUGAGCAUCUUCAGAGGAGAAACAAAUAUUUUAGAUUUUGAUUUGGAUUUGAGGAAAAACCCUCAGCAUCGUCCUUUACUUGAUGCUGCGUGAUCAUAUUUUAGCCUUAUUGACAAACAAUGAGAAGUACUUCCUGGAUUUGUUUAUGAUCAGGUAUCAGGAAGAGGUACCUCAACUGUUGAGCAUCUUCAGAGGAGAAAUAAAACAUUUUAGAUUGGGAUUUGGAUUUGAGGAAAAAUCCAAAGUAUCCUCCAUUACUUGAUGCUGCGUGAUCAUAGCUUAGCCUUUUUGGACUUUUACCUCUGACUAUAUGACUGCCUCCAAUAUGGUGCUCUUGUAAGUGAUUUUACUGCAUACCUUCAUUUUGAUUAGAGAUAUUUGACACAUUGAUAUCGGGAAGUUAUCGGUCUGGAUGACUCGGUCGCCUUGCAGCUCUUUAAAUCUUAACAGUGCUAGUUAUUUAUUUGCAUUGCAAAUUCUUUGCCAUUAAACUGACAAUGAUGACGCAUAACAAAGAAGAACAGGAGUUUUACUCACCUACCUGUCUUCUGUUUCCAGAUAAUUUGCUGGGUUUCCCCUGAAUCUCUACUUUGCAAUUUAUGGCUUAUUUUAUAAACAUGCAUCGCCAA